AUGAAGCACUUUCUACUGAUAUUAUCUAUACUGAAAAUUGUGUCAACAACAUCAUUAAUGCAUAUACAUAACGCUUCAAUAUUACAGAAUAAUAUACCAAUAACAACAUUUAUUAAUCAAACAAAUAUGACAUGUUUAUUUCAAGGUUUUAAAUUAUCAACAUGUAUUUCAGUUGAAUAUAAUCGUUUAAAUAAAAAUUGUUUAAUAUAUUCAAAUAUACAAUUUGUUGAUCCACAACAAUGGCAUUUAAAUUUAACAGCUGAUUUAUAUUAUUUUCGAUCACGACUGAUAACAGAUUAUGUUUAUGUGGUAGUAUCGCUUUCUUCACAAGUUAUAUUGCUACCAUUAUCUAAUGCAACAAAUAUAACAUCGUUACAAGCUAACCAAACAACUAUAUUUUAUUUAUUCUUAAAUAUUUUUACAAAUCAGUCGUCUAAUCUCAAUGUAACUGCAAUUUAUUCAAAUAGUUCAAGUUUUACUCCACCAAGAAAUGAUUUAACAAAUAUUUCAAUAAUUAAAACGGAAUAUAUGUCAAAAUGGCAGCGAAAUUUAACAAUGUAUAAAUGGUUAUGGAUGGGUGUUGGUUUAAACACUUCACAUAACGAUUUAAAUAGUUUGAUAUUAGCUGAUGUGACUAAUCAGGAUCUUUACUGGCAAAAUUGGUUUACUAAUGAAUACUUAGCUUUAUUUAUGAUUGGAACAAGAACAAUGUCUUCAAAAAAUGUAACACUUCUUGAUUAUAAGUCUCUAUCAUAUAAUCGUCUGUUUUAUAUUGGUAUGCAAAAUAGUUCUUUAACAACUUGUACAGGUUAUCUAUUAUUAAUUAAUAGUCUAUCAGAUCCAUGUUUAUCAGCAGGAACUCAGCAACUAUCAUUACCUAUCAUAUUAGUCUCACAAACAACAUCAUCACAAGAGACAAGUUUAAAAAAUAAUUCAGUUGAAGCCAAAAGUAUUAUUUUAUUUGCAACGUUAGCGGUAAAUUAA